GAGAGCAGUCCAAUUUGUCAUUAUACUUGGAAUUGACUGGUUAUAAACGGCGAUAUUGAAUUGUGAAACUCGAAAGUGAAAUAAAAUGAAAACAAGUCUGUUAACAAUAGCGGUGAUUGUGUGCACCACAAUCGAUCGAUCACAGGGUAGACUAAUGGAGUUUUCAAACAUGUUUUCAACAUUUUUUAGUCCAAUGCCAAGUGUUCAAAGCGUGUUUCAAACGGUUUGCGAUGCUGACAUGCAUGCAUGCAUUCAAAGGGGAUCAUCAUUGGCGAUGAGCAGUGAACAAUCAAGCACAUCUACCUAUUACAAUUUGUGCACCGGUUCAUCUAAAUUUGUUGACGGGGAAGAGAUUCCAUUGGUCGAAGUACGUGAUCGAAGUAAUCAAUUGAUUGCAUCCGUUAUUCCGGGCACAUAUAUGGUGAAUGGCAAAAAUGUGAAAGCAUGGGAUUUGAGAAAAUAUACGAUGGGCAAUUAUGACUUGAAAGCUAGCCCACCUACCGAUUGUGCCAUUCUCACAUAUUACUCCGGAUUUCAAGUGGACAACGACAAUUCAUUUGACAGUUUCUUUUAAAUCUAUUCAACACCCAUUUUAUACAGGAAAUAUGCUGAUUCUUUUUGGCACAAUUUUAUUAUGUGAUUCUUGAUGAAAACAAAAACGAAACACUGAUAUUUAUAAAUAUCAUUUCUCAUGCAAUGAAUAGAUCGAGAACUUGAAAUACAUCGCUUUUAAUUGAAAUAAUUUGCCACAAUAGAAACCGAAAAUAUUAAAAAAAAGACACAUUUUAUUUCAAAUUAAAACAUUCUUUUCACCCCAAGUUCUGGAUUGCAUGGGAAAAUACAGAAAACACACAUGUAUAUUUAAUCAAAAAUGAAGUCUGUUUUUAAACAUGUCGUGUAAUUUAUCAGUAAAUAAACCGCAUCUGAGUCACCAUCAACAAAAAAAAACAAAAAACAAUUGAAUUUUA